AUGGCAAAUGAUGCUGCUCAUAUUGUCGUUCUCCCAGCUGAUGUCCUCGACAUGAUUGUCGCUAAUUGUCAAGACGGCGACCUUUCGAACCUGCGCUUGUCCUGCAGAAUCCUCGGCAGCUCGUCUACGCGACCCUUUGGCCGCCGUUGUCUGGCACAUCUCCGCCUCAUAUUCACCGAGCUCAGUCUUCAGGGCCUUGUCGGCAUUACUGCUCAUCCCGUGUUCGGUUCAUCCGUCCGUAGCAUCAGCUCCGGCACUUAUCGUCUGACGGGUUUGAAGCAUUUCAAGCUUUCUUCGGUCUCUGGCGAUCAUGCCUCGGACCUGAUUGUGAAAAAGCGACUCGCAAAGAAGCAGCAGACUUUCAAUCGUUCGGGAGACCAGCUUGUCAUGCUUACAACAGCUCUUCAAAACCUCAAGCUUCACGGUGGUCCUGGUAUCGGAUUGAGGACUCAUGAUGAUUCAAUGAAAGGCAAAGAUUGA